AAGGGGUACCAAUGAUCUCAACCUCUGAUACAUUGACUGUUGGGAAGACUAGCCAGCUGAACUGCACAAUCUACGACGUCUACCCUGCACCUAUCAUUGAAUGGUUCCUUGGACCUGGUGAAGAGAACAUCACAAUGAACGCGUCUAUUCACUCCAACCCAGACAACAUAUCAAGUCUCUUCAAUGCAACCAGUUCUCUUUUAUUCACGCCAACGACGGACAAUCAUGGAGAGAACCUGACAUGUAGAGUGUCUCCUUCUGUGCCAAAUGUUUGGAAAUCCCGAAAUGCAUCUGUAACAUUGAAUAUCGAAGGCGACCUCAGUCCAUCUGACGAAAUCAGGGUUGAAAACGUGACGUCGUCCAGUCUCACCCUUUCUUGGGACGUUGACAACGUUACUCUUGAAUACUGCAACUGCAGCUAUGCGUCCUCUGAUAUCUUGAAGACAACGGAUUCUUUGAACUGUCGGGUCUGCAAUGAGCCGAUUAGAGUAAACGGGACCAGCUAUGACCUAACAGGCUUGGAACCGUUCCAGUGGUAUAAUCUGACUCUGAAUUUGACAGAUGAAGGAGUGGUGGCGUCUAAGCUAGUUUCCACUGCCCCACCCGUACCGGAAUAUUAUGGCGUCAUCAUGACAUUUUCUCAAGAAAAUUCGAAGUUGAAGAUAUCACGUAUGCUACAACUCAACGAUCCUAUCCCCAGUGAUCUCUGCUUUUCUGUCGUCAAGACACAGGACCAAAGGGACAACUGCUCUUUGAGCAAUUGCCUGGAACUUGGGAACAAACUUCGGUACAUAAAUACGUCCAUAGAACAUGUUUCAGACUUUUGGUUAGUAAGCAGUGGUCGAGAAUUGUGCAGCAGUCCACCAUCAAGUCCAAUUAUUCUGAACUCAACCGCAGGUGUACUCAAUAUGCCUCCAAUCAUCCUGCUUGGGGCUGUUGCUGGGUCGGCCAUCUUUCUGUUCCUCACCCUGACCGCCAUCAUCUUCCUCAUUAACUGCAUCUGGACUGGUGUGGGUUGUCUGCGAAUGAAAGAUGACUCGAAAGAUGAGGAAACAUUGGUGCGCGUUAUCAAAAAAGACAAUUCACGAAAGGUGGAUAAAGACGGACUUGUGUAUGUGCAAGUGGCGCAUGAAAAGGCCCAUCCCACUGAUGCUCCGCCCAUAAGGACGGAAGAACCCACGGUAUACGCCUCAUUGGACAGGGACGCCAUGAGCAGCAUGCGCAAGAAGGAUGCCGAUGGAUUGGUCUACGUCGAAGUUUCACAUGACCACGCCCAUCCGGAUGGAGCCCCGCCCAUUCAGACAGAAACGCCAACAGUUUACGCAAAUCUCGAUAUGGAAGCCAUGGAAAAACUUCAGAAGGAUAAGAAGGAGAAAGAAGAAGAGGAAGGAAGGAAAGUUGAUGAAGAUAGUGCCAAACUAGAUAAGAAUGAAGGAGCUGAGAAAGACGAUGUGAAUCAGGAUGGUGGCGCUGAAGAGAAAAGAGAAAUGGAGAAAGAGGAAGAUAAAAAGUCUCCUGGAGUCAGUACCAGACAGGUUAAAACGCAACCAAACUAUGAAAACAUUGAUUUAACAGACUUUGGUGAUGGACUUGGCAUUCCCAUGGAGACGAAGCUUUAAUUCAGAAUUCAUUCAAUCUGUCAUUCGCAAGGGGUAAUUUCAAAACUUCAAGACCACUUCAAAUAGUAACAUUUCCACAAACAUGACAAAAAUAACAGAACAAACAGCAGCCCAGAGAAUGAUUCGUUUUUGUGACUUAUCUAUUACUAAGAAAUCGUUCUAAAUGAGUAGCCUUUUUACUUACGGGACAUUCUCACACCAUCGAACUACACGGCGUGCAUCACCUAACCGCAAAAGGUGGCCUUUGUUGCUGUUCAAAUAUUCUUCCGAUACUAGGUGCCAGGGGCGGAUCCAGGAUUUUCCAAAAGGAAGGGGGGCACAUUUUCCCGACAAGCAAAAGAAGGGUCUUCACUU